GUCGCAGAAGUGAAAAAGGCGAAAAGCAGCUGGACUGGCUGCAUUUCGUUUCUUUACCUCAACGUGACAAGUCUCGGGACGCGGAACUCUGGCCUUAGAGUACCAAAAAAGUUUCUCAAUAAAUUCCCCUUUGCGAGGAAUUCCGAAUACAACAACUAAGAUGCUGUAAAGCAGAGCCAGUUCUGCGAAAAGGGGAAAAUCAAACAGGAAAACCCAAUUAAAUAAUAUCAAAAUGAAUCGGUUGCUGCUGCAGUGUCUGGUGACCACCAUUCUGGUCUACAAAGUGACAUCCGUGCCCACCAGCACAGUGAGUACCAGCCUGCAGACCACCUCGGAGAUACCGCAGCAGGAUGAUGACGAUGACGACUGGGAGGAGGAUGAUGAUUCCUUGGAGUCUGAUGAUGAUGGACGCGUCUACAAAAAUCCCCGUAACUCACCCUCUUCCGAGUGUCCGCGGGACGAGGAGCAGGCCACGCUGCUUGGCCAGAAAUGCCUAAGGAAGUGCUCCUCCGACGAGGACUGCAAGAGCAAGAAGAAAAAGUGCUUGUGCGAUGGCGUUUGCGGCAACUCCUGCAUCAAGCCGGAUCGUGAAUGUCCAGAACUGGCGCAACCCAGCCUGGGUCAGGUCACUGUGGCUGGACGACAUUUUGGAGCCCGGGCCUCGUACGCCUGUCCCCAUGACUACCACGUGGUGGGCUUGCAGAGUCGACUUUGUCAGGCGGAUGGAAAUUGGGCUGGUGCUGAGCCGGCUUGCAAGCAAAACAUUUACUGCCUGAAACCGCCACAGAUCGAGCAUGCUAGGAACUCUGCCCUGCCGGAACAGGAGACCUUCGACCUGGACUCCACGGUGCAGUAUCACUGUCACACCGGCUAUGUGACCAAUGGCUUUCCGCGGGCCAAGUGCCUGGCCAUUGAUAACCAGGCCAGUUGGUAUGGACCAGACAUACAGUGCGAACCUCGAUCCUGUGGCCAGCCACCGGAUCCGGCAUAUGGAUGGCAUGCCGGGGAGUGCUAUACCUACGGAUGCAAGAUCACCUACAAUUGUGGAACUGGCUAUGAGCUGGUGGGCAAGCACGAACGCUACUGCCAGUCGGAUGGCUCCUGGACGCCCAAGGAGCUGCCCACCUGUGUCUUGGUCACCUCGGUGGUGUGUCCCACACCGGAGAACCCCAAGAACGGCAAGGCCACCUACACCACAUUGGCCUACAACUCGGUGGUGAGCUACGAGUGCCGCUACGGCUACACGCUUGUGGGUGAGAGCUCCAGUCGCUGUGGAGCGGAUCGCAAGUGGAGCGGCACUUUGCCCACCUGCAAGGAGAUCAACUGCGGACAUCCUGGAGUGCUUUAUAAUGGUUGGAUUGAAAACAUUGAGGCGGGCACUGGACUGGGUGCCAGCAUCAUCUUCCGCUGCCAGCCGGAGAUGAUGAUCAAUGGCCUGGGCUCGAGCGUCUGCCAGAUCGACGGACGAUGGCGAAACACCCUUCCCGAGUGCCUGGCGCCGUGCGUGGUGCCCACCAUCUCGCAGGGUAAUGUAUAUCCCAUUGAGAUAACCACCGAUGAGAACGGAACGACGAUCAUUCAUCCACCCACGACCACGACGCAGUCACCAACGCAAACCCAGAGCCUAGGCGGAGUGGAGAAGGUUAAACACGGCACGGCGCUGGAGGUCAAGUGUGAUGAGAACUACGAGUUUCCAGUCUCGCUGCUCAGUCCGCCCACCUGCAACAAUGGCACCUGGAGCAUCAUUCCCCGCUGCAUUCCGGCCAGAUGCAAGAGCAUGCCUCGUCCCCCAAAGCAUGGCAUGGUAAUGGCCCCGAAGACGGAGCAUGGAAUGAAGGCGCGAUUUAAGUGCAAGGAUGGCUUUAAACUGGUCAGUCCCGAGGGCAAAGAUGUUACUGAUCCCCACGACUAUGUGCUUACCUGUUCCUUUGGAAACUGGACUGGAGAGACGCCCAAGUGCGACGAGGUCUUCUGCUCUUUUCCGGGCUAUAUACCCAACGGCAAGGUUCUUCUCGUGGGUAACAUGGGACUCUACGAUUACCGGCCGUAUGUGAAAAAGAUAGUGAACAACAAGCAAAUCAUGUACGACUGCGAUAAGGGAUAUGUCCUGGAGGUCGGUCCGCCAGGUGCCACAUGUGUGGGCGGUAAGUGGCGUCCUCUGGAUCUCCCCCAGUGUCUACUGGGACAGCAUCCACGUCUUCGCUGGAAUCGCCGCAGACGUCGCUCCCUGCAGAUUCGUCAGCUAAGAUCCAUGUAUCUCCUGCGUCGCCAGCGGCAGCUUCAACGGGAACUGGUCGAGAACCAAAAGUUUCUUCAGGCGGUAAAUGCUCCUGCUCAGGAGACGAAUCAUCGCGUCAAGCGCAGCGCCAGUCCCUAUCCUGGUCCGCAUCCUCAUCCCUCGGAUCUGGACCUGGCUUACUCCAAGUACUAUCAGAAGAUCAAGGAGCGCUACCAGCGAUAUGUGCGCAAAAUGCUUGGUCAUGACAGGAUUUACGAGAAACUGCACUUCCAGGAUGCCCGAGGUCACAAUCUCAACGCUCAUGAUGGAGGGCAGGUGAUGAUGCGGGGCAAAUCCAACUUCAGGGACUUUGAGGUCGGUAACAAUUACCGCGCUGGUAUCGGUGCUGGUGGAGGCGGUGUUGUGCCCCUGCCCAACAUCAACCAGGUUUCCCGGAAUCAUGUGGGUCAUAUGGAACGCAGUUCCAAUGAAGCGCCCCUGGGCAACGGUUCGCCGCCGGAUACAUCGCGUAGCUUCCAUGUGAAUGCCACUAGAUCCUACAUUGAACACCUGAAGUCGCAAAUUGUCCGUCGGAGGCGCAAGCGAAGCUCCAGCAUUGGACAGGCACCUCCACCAUCGGUGGCCACUCUUCCGGAUGGGGAAGUGGACAGCAGUGACGGCGGGGAGUCCGGAAAAGGAGGCAAUGGCAAGCGGUUACGUGGUCCCUGCGAGGAUCUGGACUGGGAUUCUUUUGGCAACGUGACUGUCGUUCGCCCGGGCAAAGCUCCUGGCCGCAAUGCCGUGGGCAUCAUGCUGCAGUUGGAGUGCAACGCUGGCUUUAAACUGAAUAUCAAAGGUGAGAAUGCCACGGCGCGCUGUAUCCGAGGAAUCUGGAAGCCAGAAACACCAAAGUGUCUAUCCGCCCCGUGCUUGGUGCCCGCCGUAGAGCAUGGUCAGUACUACAAGGUGGAGUCGCAUACGAAGCAGCUCAGCGACAAGCCCUCUUUGCCGCCGGUCUCCACCUACGAGGAGAUCCAGUCCAACGAAUUCAUCACUCUGGAGUGCGAGGAUGGCUUCAACAUACAGGGCUCUGCUCAGUUGCGAUGUGCUCAUGGCUCAUGGUCGGUGAACGCCUUUUCAGAAUGCACCUCUGUACCCUGCACGCUGCCCAACAUUCCAGGUGUCAUCUAUGAUGGAGGAUAUCGAGCAGGACUAACCAUUGGUCAUGGAAGCACCGUAAACGUUCGCUGUGAAACCUCUACGAAUGCCAAUCCCAUUGAGAUGUCCUGCCACAAGGGCGUCCUCACCCCGCCCAGUGUUCCCUGUGAGUCAGGAUUGCGAAAAUCCCGUGAGGAACUGGAGCAUACCACCUCGGCGCCACAUCCCCCCAAUUCUAAGGCUGAGCACAACGAAUUGGACAACGAUCACGACCAUCACGACAACAGUACGGAUGAGCACGACGACAUGAAGAUGUGCGGUCCUCCGAGUCUUACGGACGGAGCCCUGGUCUACAAGAACCCUGAGCAUCCAGAGCUGGAUGGGGCCUAUGAGAGCGGAACGGAGAUCUUCUUCAAUUGCAUUCCAAAUGCGGCCGGGGAUCGGCAGACAUGGCGCAUCAUCUGUGACAAUGGACUGUGGAUUGGACGAUCAUAUAAUUGCGAAAACGGAACGUGUGUGUUUAGGAACAAUGAAGCCAAUGUGGUCAGCUUUUAUAAUGACCUAGAGAUCCGUGAAGAUGUUGUGGAUUUUCCACCAGGAGCUACAAUCAUAUCUAGGUGCGUCGAUAUUGGCAAGUUCUCGAUGAUGGGCAGCCACGAAAGGACCUGCAUUCACUCGGAGUGGACCAACACCAAACCCGUGUGUUCGGGCCUUAACCAGGAGAAUGACUAUGCAAUGGAGAAGGCGCCAACCAUAUUAUUCCGCCACCAGAACGGACCCAUUGCCCAGAGUAACGAUGGCAAGUUGAUCGUAUAUCCGGGUACAACCCUUCACAUGGAGUGCCUGUGGAUGCGGCGCUUUGGCAAUCCCAAGUGGAACGUCAGUCACACGCACAAGAACUACACCGAGGGCUGGGUGACGGAGGCGGACGAGGGCAGGGAUUCAACGCUGGAGUACCGCCUGAGCAUCAUCGAUGCGGCCAGCGAUGACACCGGAUUCUAUUCGUGCAUGACACCGGCAAGGCAUGAGCAUGCCGUGGAGGUGGUGGUUAAGGAGAUCAACUGCCCGGAGAUCCCGAUGCGGCGCGGCCUGAUCGUGAAUACGAACGACACCAAGCUGAGCACACGAGCGCUGUUGUCCUGCGCCAACGGCAACUCGUUGAUUGGCGCCUCGGAGCUGUUCUGCCUGCCGAGUGGCAAUUGGAGCGCACCGUUGCCGGUUUGCGAGAGCGUCGAGUGCGGCGACAUCCCGCUGGGGAACAACGCGAGCUCGCCGCGCGUCUCCGUGCUGUCGCGCGAGGUGGGCGGCCGGGCGGCCUUCUCGUGCGCCUCUGGGUAUGGGCUACGCGGCCCCUCGGAGGCAAUAUGCAAUCCUACGGGCGAAUGGUCAGCGCCGCUGCCCACCUGCGUGGAGGUGCAGUGCGACAACCCGGGGGCGCCGCAAAACGGUUACGCCCAGGGCUCGGCACCUUACCGUGCCGGCGAUGUGGUCCAGUUCAAUUGCAACCCGGAGUACAUGAUGCAGGGCCAGCCAAUUAUUGCCUGCCAGGAUAACGGGCGCUGGUCUGGAGGUCUCCCCAAAUGCGUUCAGGCCUGCUCCUACCCGGGCACCGUCAUCAGCGGCCGGAUGUCCUCCGUGAAGUUCUACUACGCGAUCGGCGAGAGCAUCACCUUCACCUGUGACGCCGGCCUCGAUCUGCGCGGUUCCAAGGUGCUCAAGUGCCUCAAGAAUGGAAAAUGGUCCAGUGCCAUUCCCACUUGCGUGACCAACGAUGGUCCAGCUCCUGGAUCCGUCGGGGCCACCAAGCACUUGUCCACUACCAUUGGCUAGGGUCACGAGGCCGAAUGUCUGAACAAGACGAUGAAAUCUGACAACGAUCGAAGGCCGGGUUAAUGCUUUGCACCAGAGUGAUACUAAUACAUAUUACGUACAUACUAACUAAUGCACAUUCAAGGCGCACAGUCACGCGUAUACUAGCUAAUAUCGACAUUCUUGCGAUUCAAUUGUAACUCUAACUGUAACUGUAACUAUAACUAUAACUAUAACUAUAAAUGUAACUGUAGCCGUAUCUAACGGAAAUCAUUUUAAUUUUAAAUACAAGUAAAUGUUUGUCGAAUAAACAGAUCCUUCAAAGGC